AACUCUUUAAACCCAUCACCCAUGUCUCCCUUCAGAACCCUCCUUUCCCACCACCACUCCUACUCUCUCCUUAAACCCCAAAACCCUCUUUCCAUUUCCCAAAUAACCCGCAAACCUUUCUCAUUCUCCUCCAUCUUCCAGAGAUUCUAUAGCUCACACCAGACUGAAAACCAAACCAAACCGAGAAAGCCUUUAGACCUUCUCUUCAAAGAGGCCGUAGAACUAUCACCAAAACCCGAAAACUCCGAAAGCGAAGGUGAAACCGAAGACAGCCCAUUGAAGAAGGGCUUGAGGGAGUUGGAGAAAGAGGUAAAGAGCUUCAAAUCGAAUUCGAAUGGCGAAAACAAAGCAAAGAAGAGUGAAGUCGAACCCAAGAAUUCUAAGGCUAAGGUCAGCUUAUACGAAGUGUUCACAAACAAGGCGGCGGCGGGGGAUGAAAGGAAGUGGAAAGAGUUGACAAGAGAGAGAUCAAAUACGUUUAAGGCUUUGUCGCAGGAUAUGGAAGUGGUUGUGAGCCAUUUGUACAAAGAAGGGUACUUUAAAGAUGCCAAUUUCUUGUCUGUGAAUGAUGGUAGGUUGGAUUUUAGUUGCUUUAACAAUAGCUAUGGCCGCGGUUUUGUAAAGUUUGCGGUGGAGAGGUUUGCCAAAGACAACCAAGUGAUUGCAAAAUGGUUGUCAGGCUCUGACUUGAAAAAGGUGGCCCUUGUUGGUUGCCCUUCCCUUGCAAGAAAAUUGCGUAAAUUUUUUGAUAUUCAAGAACAUACUGUUUGUAGCAAAUGUGUCUUAAAACAAUCAUGCAACUUUGUGAAUCAGAAUGUGUGGAAUAGAGGCACCAAGAAUUUGGAUCUGGCUGAUGUUAUGAAUACUAUCACUUUAUAUGCUCUGGAUGCUGUGCCUCCACAGCUGGUUGUGUCUGAUGAAGUAAAGUCUUCUGUUAGUCGAUUGCUCAAGGAGGUGUUGAGGCUAAGUAAAACCACUUCAUGAGGCAAAUUUACUAUUUGCACGACAUUGUUCGAGGGUGCACAUGUGGGGGAUCUGAAAUAAUCCAACCCAAUUUGGGUGGAGGGUGCUCAACCUGAUGCCAAGAAUAAUGCAUAUCUCCAAGGUGACUUUCCCCAUAUUAAUGUGAAACUGUUAUCUUGGAUGAACCAUAAAUCCUUAACACAUUCUUAAAUCCCUCGACAGAUUUUGUAUACCACCUUCAGUCUUACAUUUGGGUUUGCUUG